UUAGAAUGUCUGCUCGCAUCUCUUCUAAAUUAUUCGUCACCUAACUGUUUAUCAGUGAACAACACAAGAAAAAUCAGCUUAUUUAUUGUUUCCUUAAAAAACUGCAAAAAUGAGCACUUUGGAAAACACUUUGCAAAUAGAAACGAAGCUAGAAAAGGAACGAACUAAUCAAGCCCUGCUGAAGGACAGAGUUGAAAAAUACUCUGAACUGACUCAGUCCAUGUCCAAAAUAUUGAACUCAUUCGAACAGCGGCUGGGAAAGCUAGAGCAAACCAUUCUUCCGGUGUACAACGUGACGAAGAACCUCCAGAAGCAGCAACAAAAUCUCGAUUCUACGCUCAACUGUCUGGAACAGGUCCUGUCGCACUACGAUGCCUCGCAGGAUGUUUGCAACUUAAUUCAUCAGGGACCCUCUGAGGGCAACAUAACGGCCUUUUUGGAUGGGUUGAACAAGCUGAAGAAAGCCAAGGAUUACUUCCUCAACAAUAAUCCCCAGAGCGUCGAGUUGGAGAAUGUGACCAGUUUGUUCAACAACGGAUGCGAGACGUUGAACAAUCAUCUAAAGUCGCUUCUCAAGAAGCAUAGCACUCCGAUGAGACCGGUGGAUUUGCUGGAUUUGAUCUACAUCGAAGAGGACUCGUCUAACGAGGAUUGUCCUUCGAUUAAGCAGCUGCCGACGAGCACCCGGGAGGAACUGAACACCAUCGCCCAAUGGCUGGACAACAAUUUGCGCCGAGAGUACGUGCAAAUCUACGGAGACGAACGAUCCGAAGUGAUUAUGCGGUCGCUGCAAAAUCUGAAGGAUCAUCAGAAAAGCGGAAGCUGGGGCAACGAGCCGUUGAAGUCCCGGUAUUAUGGACGACCUUCGGAUGCCGGGGUGAAAAAGUCGACCUCCGCCAGACUACAACAGAUCUUUGAACGCAAGGCCAAUAAAAUGUUAAUCAAAGCGCAGACCCUUGGUCAGUCAGCUGCUUUGACCAUGCGGAAAAAUUCCUCCUUCGGGGAUAUUUUAGCUGCCGAAGAGUAUGGAAGUGACAACGAUCAAGAGCUGGAAAAAUACCUAGUGCUGCUGUUGGGUCUCCAGAAGCUGCUGGUUUGGGAACGUCAUCUGCUGAACGAUAUUAUUCCUCCAUCGCGGCACAACGAGGUGUUCUCCCGUCUUUCCCAACCUUCGAUUGAAAUGGUCGUCAAAGAUGCUGAAGCCAUUACCGGGCGGGUGCUGAGGAGCAUCAGUCGCAAAGAAUGGUCCGCUGCUUUGGGAAUUUUCUCUGCUUUAAAGCACGUGCAAAUCCUUCAGCCAGAUAUUGAUAAGAUAUGUGACAGCGCUCAGCGACAGCAAUUGGGCGGAGUUUUAAGUAAGCUGCAACAAACCGGUUCCAAGGCAUUGGAACAGUUUAUCGAUGGUGUCAAAAACGAUGCCGGCAGUGGGGGAAUGGUCAGCAUGAGUUCCAGUACCAUUAGCUACGGAGGAGGAUCGAACGUACCAAAGGAUGCCACCGUCUACGAGCUGACCUCCAACACCAUAUGGUUCCUGGAGCAGCUUCAAGAACAUUGCGAAACAAUCGGAAGCAUCCUUCAAGUGGAAGCAUCCUACACAAGUGACCUAGAUCGUCUUACAUCCCAAAGGACCGUUGCGAUCGAACAGAAGAACAAAGCACUGCUAGGUCUCUACGUCCGAAAGGUCAUCGGAGAGCUAAACUACACUAUCGCGACCAAAUCCGAACAAUAUGGAGAUCUGGCCACUAAGCAACUCUUCAAACUGAACAACACACAUUACAUUCUGAAGUCCCUUCAGCGAUCGAACCUGAUAGAUCUCGUUGCACUCACCGAACAAGAUUGCGAGAAACGCUACCAAAGGAUGAUCCACGAUCUCAAAAAGGCCUAUCUGAGUUCGUGGUCCAAGCUAUUGGCUAACAUUUCUCUGGAAGACAUUCCGAGACCGGUACAAGGGCGCAUCAAAGAUAAGGAACGAGCCAACAUUAAGGAGAGGUUCUCGUCUUUCAAUAAAGAACUGGAGGAUGCCGUAAGGAUACAGCGAGCCAUCUCCGUUCCGGAUGUUUUGCUGCGCGAAGGUAUCAAGCGGGACAAUACUGAGAAUAUCAUUCCGCUGUACCAUGCUUUCUUUGAGAUGUUUUCCGAUGUGCAGUUUAGCAAGAACCCGGAAAAGUACGUUAAAUAUAAGCCCACGGAAGUUAAUGCAAUGCUGAACAGUUUCUUCGACGAUACUAUUUAAGGACACCUAGACUAUGUAAUUGUUAAUUUAUUAUAAAACACCUAUAUGAAAUAUUUACCUACAUAAAUACUAUUCACUAACAUGCAGAAUUCACCAGUAAAGUAUAUUGCAAGAAA